UUUUGACAGAAUGUGAAUACUUUUUCACGCUGAAAUUACCGUAUUCAUCCAGAGAAAAAGCCAUGUCUUCAACACAAACUGUAACUCAAGGAAAACUUCAAAACUCCAGAACUCACGACUACCUUUAUGAUCCACUGUACACAUUAUCAAGUGAUAGAGACCAUGCAAGAGCAACGUUUAAGGCGCACACUGGGACAGAUAGAAUUAAACGAGUUCCACAUUUCAAGACAAUGUUCAGUGACCUGCGUCACUAUCCAAGAUACAGCAUCCACCUGGAGGUGACAGACCCUGUGCCUAAGUUCAUACCACGACAGUGGAGGGGAUAUGCUGAUCAAGAUAGAGAAGCUCUCAUCAGAUACACCAAGUUCAACUAUGAUCCAUCAGUUCAAGUUCCUCCUAAACAUCAUGAGAAAGUGCAUGUUUCUGGGACAGACCGAUAUAAGUUUUUCCGCAGGCCAAUUAUUCCAUUUUUGCAGCAAGUUCCUCCAGAUGUUCUCUUGCAGUCAUCUAAAAUGGACCCCUUAGCUGCCCCUGAAAUGGAAGCUGAAAGGCCACCCACCCCAGCUACACGCACAGUAGAAGUACAAACUGAUUACAGAGACAGUGAGACACAAACAGACCCAUAUACUCCAGAGUAUGUUGUACGACCAGGUUCACAACCUGAGCUGCUCACACUGGCUACUCUUUCAUAUGGUCAUGGCUUGCCAGCCGGACUAGCGGAAGUAGAGAUGAUUGAAAGAGCAAGGGCCAAACGAGCAUGGGAGGCAACACUUCCAGCUCUGAAUGACACAGAAAAUCUUGAAAAGAGAAAGCGAAUGAUGGACGAACAAGAACGAAGAGAGUGGUCAUUCAGAGAACAAGAAAUUGAGAAGUCAAACAAGCAACAAGAAAAAGAUAAGAAAUUUCAAAGAAUUCAAACGGAGCAUAUCAAAACUGUGAGAAAGUUAAAUGAAAAAAGACGUACAGUAGAAGGCAAACUGGAGCGACGAGACAUAGUGCGAGACUAUUCUAAGUUCGACUCUCAGACAUAUGCUCCUAUGUCUCGUGUGGGAGUAUUCGUGGACCGGGGAUCUGAACAGUAUAAUGUGAAGAGCUUCCAUCUGAACACCUAUCAGGGCCUUCUUGAGCUAGAGGCUUCACUCCCAGACUUUGUGACGCAGCCCCGGAUUCAGGCUCCGAAGCCAAAGUCCAGCGGCAAGGGAGGCUUUGUCAAAAGGAAGCAGCGACGUCAGAGGGAGCUGGAAGAGGUGGCGAAUGCGAUUGAGUUAGCGAAGAAACCGCCAGAGCCUGAAAAACCUUUGAAGUUUUUGGUGAAGGUGGAGAAACCGAUACCGCGCCCCCCGACCCCAUCAGUGCAAGUUCCAUCCCAGCUUGAAGAGGAACAGGAGCUCGCAUUAAUAUUCUUGCAGAAAGUUAUUCGUGGUCGUGCCAUUCAAAAUAUGAUGUUUGAAGGAAAGGAGAAGCGUUUGGAGUUGAUUCAAGAGCUACGCAGUACGCAUGCGCUGCAAGAAGCUGGGCAGGUAGAAAAGAGAAAUGAGCGACAAGCUGUGUUGAGCUUGCAGAGGCAGAGGAGACUGGAUACUAACAAGGAAUCUUUUGUGGAAGAAGCCCUAGCUCAGAUGGAAGGCUCGACCCUUGCAGACAUGUUUGAUUUCUUGAGUAAGGAGCUGAUUCGACUUCAGGAAGAGAGAAGAAUCCAUGCUUUUGCCAUGUUGGCUGAACGACAACGAAGGAUUCGUGAAGCCGAAGAGGGCGGACGAAGACAACUUGAAGAGAGACGGCGGCGCGAAGAAGAUGAGAUUUUCAAACAGGUUGUCAAGGUUCAUCAGUCUACUGUUGAUACGUACCUUGAGGAUAUCAUUAUGGGAGCCAUCGACAAAACGGCCGAAGAACAGGCUCGUAAAGAAAUCCAAGACCAAGCAGAGAAGAUCAACCAAAUUGCUUACGACAUGGAGAAAACCCGAACCAGACUUCAAUCUGAAGAAAUUGUUGCCGAGCUGGUCACGUCAUUCUUGUUGCCAGAAGUGCAGAAAAUCACCAUGAGAGAGAACGUGAAGAGAAGCCAAAGGAAACAUCUUCUUGCAGCUCAUAGGAUUAUCCAUGGCGAAACAGAGCCUGUUAUGGAACAGUAUCCGCAACCAGAGCCUCCGAUGGAAGUAAAACAACCAGAGAAACAACCUGACGAACCGGUGGAACCUGAAAGGCCACCUUCAGGGCAAGUGUCAUCCCGACCGCCUUCGGGUCAAAAGCCGUCGUCUCGACCUUCGUCGAUGAAAUCUUCGCCUUCGAGACCGGUAUCCGGAAAAUCACACAAAUCGGACGUUGGAAGCUCUAAACAGCCAUCUCGAACAGCCAGCCCAAAGUCCGAACAAUCCUCAAGAGCAGGGUCACCAAAGACGCGCGGUUCCUCUCGUCCAAGUACGGCCAGGUCUCGGCCUCAUUCGUCUCCUUCUCGUCCCUCGCCGGAACCUUCAAACGCUACCGACGAGGCGUCAUAGAGCAUUUAAACACAAUUUUGAAAGCUAAAAUUUCAUAGACUUCCUAGUAGAGAGAAAAAAUUCAUUCGAUCAUUCCAUCUGCGCUGCUAUAAGUGAAUUUCAUGUUUUAAUUUGCCGGGUAAUAACAAUCUGUUAUGAGAGAGGAUUCAUAGAUUUUCAUCUAUAGAUCACCACCAUCGUCCUCUAAAGUACAUACUUUAGGUACUAUUCUUGUAAAUAAAACUCAUUAUGCAUAUUACGAAUUCCAAUUUCUGCUUGACUAUGUACCAUUUGUUUGGAAUUCUCACUUGGAUUUUCUAAUAAAUAGUUUUGAAUUUUAUUUUA